CCCCUCCUGCUCCUCCUCCACGUCCUUCCGGCAGUCCACUUCCGGGAACCUCUUCUCGCGAUAACAGCGUGAAACCUCGCCCGCUGAGCGCCUCCCAAGGGAGGAAUCCCCGCCUGCCGACCUGCUCCUCGUCUCUCCUCCCCGCGCCGCCCAGCUGCCCGCUUCCGCCGCCUCCUCCCGGCCAGCCUGUCCCGCCGUUUCCCGUCCGCAUUACUCCUAGCCCACCCGAGUCAAAGGGCGCAUGCGCCGCUGGGCUCCGCACAGCGGAGGAAUCCCGUUGACCUCCGACGCUGCCGGCGUCAUAAAAGAACUCCGUGCGGGUGAUGCGGCCGGGGCAGCCGCUUGCCUGAAGGGGCGGGAGUCGGAGCGCGCACGCGCGCGGGGGGCGGGGGAAGGCCGAGGCCGCCGCCGCCGCCUUCGCAGGGGAGCGGGCGAACAGCGCCGCCAGAGGAGCGACGAGGCCGGCAGGGCUGCGAGGAAGGAGGACAGAGCGGCCGGCCUUCCUCGCGCGCCCCCGCCUGGCCCGCUUCCGCCGAACCGCCCUCCGCGCUCCCUCCGCGGCCGGAAAGUAGUCCCCCUCCUUCCUCCCUCCCUCCCUCCCUCCCUCCUCCCUCCUCGCGCGCCGCCCUCAACAGGCUCCGCCGCCGCCGCCGCGAUGGCGCUGAAGAGAAUCCACAAGGUAAGGCGCCAGCGCGGCCGGGAGGCGGCCCGGAAGACUCCGCUCCUCCCCGGGCCCGGGUUCCCUCCCGCCCGCGGCAGGGUCGGGAGGCCUGGGCGGCCGUGAGGGGCUCGGCUGCCUCCGCUCUGCUGGGCCUGCCCCGGCCGGCCGGCCGGCCUCCCGCGCUCUCGGGGCAGCUUCUCGCCGCGUUCGGGCCGCGGCAUCCCGGCCGGCCGGCGGGGGGCGCCUCCGGGGAUCGGUGCCUUCGCUCGCCUCUCGAACGAGCCUUUCUUUGUUCGGCGGCGCCCCGAUCCUUUUCUCCGCCUUCCUUUCCCCGAGCUUCUGCCGUCCUCGCGGCCUCCCCGGAGGCUUUCCCUGCCUGCCUCAUCCCAUGCAGUUUUGAUGCUACUCUUGCAAAACAAGCACCAGUCUGGUGGCCGUCCCUGGGAGAGGCGCCUCGAAGCAGGAUCCUGGCCCCGGCUUGAAGGCCCUUGAGGGGAACAAACGAGCGAACCCCGCUUAGACUAGGAUGUGCUAAAAUCAGCCGCCGCAUGUGGCUACAGGUGUGCGCGCCCCCUCCCAAGUAGCUCCCUGCGCUGCAGGUGCUCCCUUUUCCUCCGUAGAAAUCCUGUACCAAAGUAGGCAAUGGAGGUGGGGGCCAAAGCCUGAUUUCUUUCAUUUCAAAAUCCGUGGAGUGAGUUACUCCGUUGAGUUUUAUGUGGACGGAGAGAAAACGUCUGCCUGCAGUGAGCUGAGCCGGUGGCGGUGUCGCACACUGGCUUUGGCCGUCUUCAUUCCCAGGGCCAUGCUGCUCACUCCUCCUGCUACAGCUACACCUAUAUCCUCAGUAACUCCUUCUGGUGCCUAUGUCUCAGGUGCUACAGAAUUCUUUGCUUCACCUUCAGAAACGUGGCUUAAAGGUUCAUUUUGUUUCUGGAAGGAACAUUCAAGCUGCAGGUCAGGCUGCAUUGAACUGGGUUGGAUUUACUGCCAAGUAAACAUGAGUAGGACUUAUGUUACUUUUUGGACCCUUAUUUUUCAACUGGUUAACAUUAGCCAGUAUUCUAUUUGGGAGGAAAACCAGUCAAAGACAAAGGUGAGGAAGUCAAUAUGAAAAUCUCCCUCUUGUGCACAUAGCUUUUAAGAAGACCUGAAACCUUUGUGGAUAAAUUCCUUUUCUCCAGGCCUACUGAAGUCACUAGUCCUAAAAACAUGGACAUUAUGUAAGGGCUCUUGUGUUUCAGUUGUUAUUGGGGCUAAGGCAUAGUUUUUACAUUUCAUAUUAUUUGGUUAGUAUCAGGAGAUGUGAAUAAUACGGGAAACUUGAUGGUAUUGCCUGACAAUAUUGAUCAUGAGGUCAAACAUUGCUGGCUGGUGGUACCUAAUAUCACGUGUGUAUGCACAUGCACAUAUAAGGGAAGGGUUAGCUUCCAGCUAGUUCCUGCAGCAAGAGUAUAGGUGGUGGCUUCAUUUGCCUCCACUUAAAAUCCUCCCAUAGGAGAUUCCUGGUGCUUUUUGGUUGCUAUGGUUGACAGGUAAUAGUCCCAGGUGAUUUAGCAGUAGCAUAAAUUAUGCUGUCUUUUAUAGUAACAUACGGGACUAUGGUAUAGACUUUGUAACAGUAUGCUUUUUGCAUCAAACAGUAACUUUAAGAUUUAUGAAAAUGGUAUUUGUCUGUUGUGUGUCAUCAUGUUUUAUAUACAGUACAGUAUAUACUCUAAAUGUUUUGAGUUCAGUUACAGAAUUCAAAAAUGUUAGCAGUAUAUAUGAGUAUUCAGCUUCUUGUUAAGGUUCCAUAUGCAGUGUUAGAAACACAAGAUCUAUAAGCCAGGCGCCAAAUGGAUCCUUAAAUCAAGGUUACAGUCGCCAAAAUGGAACUUCUAGUUGCCAUUUUGGGGCAAGACUGCUUUAAAUGAUGCACUGACUGAUUGAUUCUCAGUUAAAGAUCUGGCUAGUUCAGAUGACAACCUUGAGGUUUGAGAACUUGAAAGAAGAAAAGUCACUUGAUCCAGGGACAGUCCACAUAUAUAUUCUCCUGUUCCAACUUCUUUUUCUUAAUGGAGAGUGCACCUGCUCAGGCUGCAACAGAAAAAGCAUUUGGGUUCCAGAAAUUCAUUUCGAUUGUACAGAUAAAAUAUAACUGAUAGAAUUCGACAGGAUGGGGUAUUAGUGUGUGAAAACAGUCCAGCUCCAAUGAUCCCCAGAUGGUGGAGAUGUCAGGUGCCAUCCUGGCUCCCAGGCAUCUUGGUCACAAGUGAUCAAAUGCCAGGUCCAAAAUGCGCCUGGCUAAUUUUGAACACUGUACCAUGGGUGCCCAUGGGAGACGUGUGUGUGGUCGUCCCCCCCCCCAAAUCAUUCAUGAUGUCCAGAUCCCCAGCUUUCAUUUUUUAAAAAGCUUCUAGUAUUUGUAGAACCUAAGAUGAGACAAAAUGUUCAGACAUUAUUCUUCUCAUUUUCUUGUGAGAAACUAGCUUGCAGAUUCUGCUUUCAGUGUCUGUCUUUGCCAUUGCCUCCCUGAAAAAUUCCUGCAGGUGUCUAUGCUUCUUUUUCUCUUUUAUGAACUUUACUAAUUCACUGUAUUGGUAGAGGUGAAGAAUCUCCUGCAUAUAAAUAGAUUACAGUAGACGAACUGCAAUAUUGGCCCUUUGGAAGUUUGCUGAAUUCAGCUGGGAUGCAGGACAUUAUUUUUAAUGUGCAUUUAGGUUGGGGUUGGGUCAUCAUCUGGUGAAUCAGUCUGACAUUGGCUGCUGACUGAUUCUUGACUGAGAAAUUAAAAAUGAGGCUGUAAGGAUGUAUAUUAACUGUAUUGUGAAAAUUGCAUUAUCCUUUGGGAGGAAGGGUGGGAUCUAAAUUUAAUAAUUAAAAUUAAUGAAAAUUAAUAUCCUCAUGCACCAAAGGCACCUUGCUCACCACCUUUACAGUAACUGUGGACAUGCACACUCAUUUAGGAAUCUGCACCUCUGUUUUGCAACUCUCUUUUGCCAUCUCCCAUCCCAGUUAAGCCCACAUGGUUUGGUUUCUCCUGUUGGCCACGUGCUUCUAACUGCAGUCAUCUCUGAACUGGGAGAGAGGUCAGGAGGAGACAUGAAUCAUGCACAUAAGUAGUCACAGUAGGGCCAUGCCACUUAGUAUUUGGCAGCCAACUAAGAUUUGCCAUUGUGUUUGACAUGAAGCAGCAGCCAAUAAUGACAGAGUGUCUGUUGAUACAUACAUUUCUGAAUAUGGACAACAACCGUUUUAGGCAUGUCCAACUGACACGCAACCGUGCAUGUGUGCAUUGCACCCACUCCAGAAGUGGCUGGAAAAGGGGGUAGGGUGGAGCAGGCUCACAACCUAUUAUCAUUCAGUUUUAGUCACACAUUCAAAUUGUGACUGCAAAAAACCCACUAGAUAAAGCUCAAAACUGGCAGAUACAUUUUCAGCAUAAGAAAGUACACGAGCUUAACUGCUGACUUUCAUUGUGUAUGUGUGUGUGUUUUGAUGUGCAUUGUUUUUAAAAACCUGUUACUAAGGCUAAGAAAAGCCUAGAUACCCAUGAAGUUAACUGGCUGCAGAGCUGGCCUGUGUUUAUGAGGCAGACUGAAGCGGUUGCUUUACACAGCGGAAUCCAGGGGGUGCCUCUGCAGGCACUCCCCCCUCUGUCACCACCAGCAGAGAAGCAAAGAGAAGUAGCUGCCGCGGCUUCUGGAUUCCAGCAAGAUCUCACCAGAACCCUGCAAAAUGGCAUGCAGGCCUCCAAAGUUCUUAACAUGACCUUCCCGAGACUUUGCUUCCCUGCUUUGCUUGCCAGGAUCUUGGUAUGGUCAUGCAAGGCCACUGUGCUAUCUCAUAGGAACAUCACAAGAUCUUUCAGGAAACUGCGGCUGUGCAACCCUGGAAGGUGAAGCUUUGAUGGGGGCAGCAAGGGGAAGGGCACGUGUGCAGGGUGGCACCUUUCUGUUUUGCCUCAGAUGGCAAAACGGGCUGGGUCAGCUCCAAAUGGAUGUUUUUGGGCCAGUUGUGUGUGCUCAGCCUAACCUAAUCUAUGUUGCAGGGCUGUUUUGAAAGUAAAAUGGCUGGACAGAAAGAACCAUGAGUAUGUAAUGCAUCUAUUACAUAUACAUGCAAUAAAGUAAAAGCCAUACAUGAAAUCCUGAGUUAUUCUAGUCUUUCUCUUCACUCAUUUUGCAAAUCUCUCAUAUGUUUGCUUUCAAACUCCCUUCAAAUAUCAUGAUGGUGCAAAAAUGCUGUGCAUUCCAUCAGAUAUAUACAGGCUCCAGCAAAUUCAGUUGCCAAAGCCUCUGAAGACUGGUGGAGCAGCUUUCCUCCCAGGUUUGAAGAACUUUGAAGUGGGUGUAGGCUGUUGCUGAGAUUGUUUGGCAGCUGUGUUGACAAAACUUCUGCAGAGCUUUGACCACAUGAGGCUACUGGAAACUACCUCCUUUCUCUUUGGAUGGUGGAACUGGCAAGUGUUGUCACCAUUGCCUGCAACAUGGAGUGCCUUUAGACUCUGACACCCAGCAGUACAAUCUUCCCAGCAAGAAAAGGGAUGGUCACAGCUCUAUUGUUUGGCUUUGCCAGCAAGAGCUUCGAAAACUUUGGCUCUUAGAGAUGUAGAAAACGAGUCUGAAAGUCACUGUCCCCUUUAAAAUACACCCAAGCAGGGCUGCUCCACCCUUUCCCACUCACUGCUUACAUGCAUUUAAAAGGUUAAAUAGGUGAUUAUACAUGCACGUGCCCUAUCAUCAUCAUCAUUAUAUUUAUUUAUACCCUACCUUUUCCUCGGUCCGGACUCAAGGCAGCUUAUAGAUAAAAUCAGGGACCACUAAAAACAUAGCAGUUUACAGGCAGCAACCACUUUUCAUGCGUCCAGUUAACACGUUGAUCACACACAUGCUUGUUACCUCUGACCUGGAAGUGGUCCGGAAAUGGGAUGGGCUUAUGCAUGUUCCACUGAUACACGGGGGGGUCAGGAACAGAACCAAAUGGUUGCCGCCUGUAUCUGCCACUUGUCAGAUUCAUAAAUAUUUUAUAUCUGUAUUGGCAGUCAGAUUCAAAGCAUUGCCUAAGAAGCAGUUUUCAGACAUCACCUUCCAUAUGAACUUUCAAAGCCUCCAUGAACUGGGCCAAAUUUCUCCUGCCCAUCUUUUCCCAUACUGAAUACGAAAAUAUUAUGUACAGGCAACCCCGAUUUACAUGUAAGUCUGAUCUUUAUGCCCUGCUAAGCCCCCUUUUCUGGCCACUUCUGGGUUGCAGCAAUGCAUGUGUGCCAUGAUCGCACGUGCAUUGAACUAGCAUAAAAUGGUUGUUGCCUGUAGUAUAUUCAUAGAAUCAAAGAAUUGUAGAGUUGAAAGGGACCCUGAGGGUCAUCUAGUUCAACCCCCUGCAAUGCAGGAAUCUCAACUAAAGCAUCCAUGACUGAUGGCCAUCCAACCUCUGCUUAUAAACCUCCCAGGAAGUAGAGUCCACAACCUCCUAAGGGUCUUACUGUCAGAAAGUUCUUACUGCUCUUACUGUCCGAAAGUUUUCCCUGAUGUUUAGUCAGAAUCUCAUUUCUUGUAACUAGAAGCCAUUGAUUUGAGUCCUUACCCUUCAAAGCAGAAGAAAACAAGGUUGUUCCCUUUGCCAUGUGACAGCCCGUAAGAUAUUUCAAUAUGGUUAUCGUAUCUCCUUUCAAUCUUGUGUUUUCCAGGCUAAACAUACCCAUCUCCUUCAAGUGCUCCUCCAGACCCUUUAUCAUCUUGAUUGCCCUCCUCUGCACACAUUCCAGCCUGACAACAUCCUUCUUAAAUUGUGGUGUCCACAAUUGGACACAGACAGAAUAGAGGGGUUCUAUUACUUCCCUUGAUCUGGACACUAUACUUCUGUUAAUGCAGCCUAGAAUAACAUUAGCUUUUUUGCGGCUGCAUCACACUGUUGACUCAUGUUAAGCUUGUGGUCUGCCAAGACCCCAGAUCCUUUUCGUAUGUACUGCUAGUAAGCCAGGUUUCUGCUAUCUUAUAUUUGUGCAUCUGGUUAUUCCUGCCUAAGAGCAGAACCUUACAUUUGUCCCUGUUGACAUUCAUUUUGUGAGCUUGGGUCCAUUUCUCCAAUCUGUUAAGAUAAUUUUGAAUUCUGAUUCUGUCUUCUGCAGCAUUAGCCAUCCCUCCCAGUUUGGUGUCACCUGCAAAUUUGAUGAGCGUCCUCACAAUUGCUUCAUCCAAGUCGUUUAUGAAGACAUUGAAUGACAACAGGAUCAGGACAGAAUCCCACUACAGUGGUACCUCGGGUUAAGUACUUAAUUCUUUCCGGAGGUCCGUUCUUAACCUGAAACUGUUCUUAACCUGAAGCACUACUUUAGCUAAUGGGGCCUCCAGCUGCCGACACACGAUUUCUGUUCUCAUCCUGAAGCAAAGUUCUUAACCCAAGGUACUGUUUCUGGGUUAGCGGAGUCUGUAACCUGAAGCGUCUGUAACCCGAGGUACCACUGUAUUAGACUAGUGGAGUGUGAAGUUCAGUUGCUGGAGUUGCCGACCAACUUGCCUGCCCAGGAGAUAGUUUAAAAAGAAGCUUCAACAUAGUUUCUGAAUCUUGAAGUUCCCUAUGUGUGUUUAUGCCUUGCCUUGAUAACAAAUGGUAAACAACCUUUUUCCUACUGAGAUUUGCAAGUGAUACCAAAUUCAGGCAGGAUACUAUGGUACAAAUCUGGCAAGGAAUUUCUUUGCUUUUAGCAUACAGGUUCCUUUCUGGAGUGGGAGGACCAUAUUACCAAAGUGUAAUAAUUUUUCUUGGCAAUUGAAGAGGACAUUGAUACGAAUUCCUGUUGGUUGGCAAAGUUCAUCUAAAGCAAGCUUCCUCAACUUGGCCCUCCAGAUGUUUUGAGACUACAAUUCCCAUCAUCCCUGACCACUGGUCUGCUAGCUAGGGAUAAUGGGAGUUGUAGGCCAAAAACAUCUGGAGGGCCGAGAUUGAGAAAGCCUGAUCUAGAGUAGUCAUGUACUAACCUUAGCUUUAACAAUUAAUGCUGCUCUAAUUUUUAUGUAAAAUCUUAACCUAGAGUAUAUGGUGAUACUUCUGUUUGUGCUUUAAAUGAUACUAGUUUUGUCAUUAAUUUGCAAUAAAUGCUUCUCUGAGAGCUAGUGUGGUGUAGUGGUUAAGAGCGGUAGACUCGUAAGUCUCCGCUCCUCCACCUGCAGCUGCUGGGUGACCUUGGGCCAGUCACACUUCUCUGAAGUCUCUCAGCCCCACUCACCUCACAGAGUGUUUGUUGUGGGGCAGGAAGGGAAAGGAGAAUGUUAGCCGCUUAGGGUAGUGAUAAAGCGGGAUAUCAAAUCCAGACUUCUUCUUCUCAGGAAUGAGCAGUACAGAAGAUAGUUUGUAAGCUAGCUGUCCCUCUGAAUUAUUUCCUUGUCAUUACUGCUAAUUGACAAGACAAGCCUUGGAAAAAGUUGUCUCAAACUGUAAGAGAGAAAAGUUUAAAUAACAAGGAAUGCUUCUCAUAAGAGACCACCAAAUGAUGCUCAGCCUGUUUGCAUAAGUGUAGGUGUCAGAAAUCCAUUGCCUAAGGCAGUGCCUGUGCCUUCCCACUGCUGAAAAGGACACCCAGCAGCAUGCUCCGUAUUCAGAUUUUCUCAUUAGAACCUAGUGGAUCAGCUGGUAAAGUAACCAGUGGCAAAGACCACAGACUCAAGCUUUAACUGAAAUUAAUCAAUUGGUUUAUUGUUAGUCAAAAUUGCAUUUAAAGAAAAAUACUUCACCUAUAAAAGAAUAUUGGAAAAAUGCAUUGCAGUGUUGAUGAAAGCAACUUAACUUGUCCUCCUCCUCCUUUGUUUCCCUGCACCCCUACUCAGGUUUGGGAGGAGGAGGAGAGAAAGAAAAUUAUGUUGCUCUUGAGGAAGUUGUUCUGCAUGCACAGUUGGCUAAAACUCUUAGCUACAAAGACAAUUGUAUUAGUUAACAGGCUUUUUGCUCCCUGUGAGAGUAAUACAAAAGGUUUGCUCAUUCAGUGCAAUUGUGUAUUUAAUGGGCUUCUGUCUUGAGGAUUGUCCAUUCAGAGUCCUAGUGUGAGUACUUGUACAGCUCUGUGGGUUGAUAAAGACUGAUCAGAUAUUGUGCUAAUCCAUAAUCUGGGCUAUACAAAUGAGUUUAGAGGAUGCUCCCUGAUCCUCCAUUACAACUCCAUUGUUGUUUUAUUGGUUAGUUUACAUGGUUUUAUUAUUUUACUGGUUUGUUUAUUGAUAAUUUAUUUAUUGUUCAUUGUGAUUGGUGUAAAAUUAAACUACUGUACUUUGCAGCCUCCAUUGCAUCCUUACUAUGCCGUCCGGCAGAGCUUUUCCGGGUAGUGUGGAGCCUUGCAGAACCAACGGUAGCUCGCUGUGACUUUUUUGCUAAGCAUUUUGAGGAUAAAAUCACUUGUAUCCAUCGGGACCUUGACUCUACUGUUAUAGCGGUUAAACAUUGAGAGAUGUCCAGAGCACUGUCUAAUCCUGUUUUGUUAAAUGAAUUUCAGAUGUUUCGGCUUGAGGAUUUUGACAAGGUGCAUGGAUCGGUGUGAGUGACUACCUGCCCUCUGGACCCUUGCCCCUCUUGGCUGAUAAAAUCCAGCAGGGAGGAGACAACUGCAUGGGCUAGAGAGGUGGUCAGUGCCUCUUUACGAGAGGGGGUGGUUCCUGCUUGAUUGAAGGAUGCGGUGAUAAGACUGCUUCAUAAGAAGCCAUCAGUAAUUACCAGCCAUUUGCCAACCUUUCCUUUCUUGGGCUAGGUACUUGAGCAGGUGGUCACUGACCAGAUCCAGAUGCUCUUGGAGAGUCUGAUUUUCUAGAUUCAUUUCAGUUGUGGUUUCAGCCUGGCCUUGGCACAGAAACUACCUUGGUUCCCUUAUAUGAUAAUCUGUGUUUUGAUACCACUGACCACUGUAUCCUCCUGGAGGCUAUCUAAGUUGAGGGUGGGUGGCACUCUCUGCAGUGGUUCCUGUCUUACUUGGAUGGUCCUUUUCAGUUGUUGAUGCUUGGGGACUGUUUUUCAGCAUCAUGAAGCCUUCAAUAUGGUGUCCCUCAGGGCUCAAUUAUAUACCCCAUGUUGUUUAAUAUCUAUAUGAAGCCUCUGAGUGGACCCAUCCAGAAUUUUGGCAUGCAUUGGCAGCGGUACAGUGGUACCUCUGGUUAAGAACUUAAUUCGUUCCGGAGGUCUGUUCUUAACCUGAAACUGUUCUUAACCUGAGGUACCACUUUAGCUAAUGGGGCCUCCUGCCGCCGCCACACCACCGCCGUGCAAUUUCUGUUCUCAUCCUGAAGCAAAGUUAUUAACCCGAGGUACUACUUCUGGGUUAGUGGAAUCUGUAAGUUGAAGCAUUUGUAACCUGAAGCAUUUUUAACCUGAGGUACCACUGUAUGCUGAAGACACAAAGCUCUGUUUUCACCUUUACAUCUGCAGGUGUGGCAGUGGAUGUGCUGGACCAGUGUCUUGGCUUGGUAAUGAGCUGGAUGAGAGCCAAUAAACUGAAGCUCAGUCAGUAUAAGACAGAGACAAUGAUAGUGAGUGGUUCCCUGGAUCAGUAUUUCCCAACCGGGGGUCAUAUUCCCACCCCCUCGGAUAUUCCAAGAGGACCACAGGUGAAAAAUGUGUAAAUGGGCCACAGCACAAGGCUAGGGGGCCACAGAGGAAGUAAGAAGUGAAGAGAAGAGAUAAUUUUUAAAAAUUUAAAAAAUCCUGAUUGGCUGGCUAACUGCUUGGCCAAUCACAAGUGGGUAAGGGGGUGCUCCUUUUUCCCAUGUGUGUUUCCUUGGAGUGUUUCCUUGUUUCUGGCAGGAGAGGGUGAUUGCUGAGGCUCCCAUUUUGUCCAGUAGAGCCCGCGAUCCAAACCCCCAGGUCAGGUAAGUGCGGUGGUGGGGUAGCAGUGGGUAGGGCUGCUGGGCAAGGCACAAGAUGCAAUCCACCCCAGCACCUAGCAGAUCAGGCCCUUUGGAUGUUGCUGAGGGGUCGUCUGGUGUUGCUGACUUGCAUCUAGUAAAUAACUCAGAAGAAAGCUGCACUAGCUUCAGUGGGCCUUACUCCCAGGUAUGCAUGGCUAUAGUGCUUUGUAGACAGGGCUCCUCCCGAUAACAAAAUCUUUUUGUACCAGGUCAAUGAGGACCACUUGCUUUUUAAAAUUCUCCCAUAUAUACAGAACCCUCUGUGCGCCUUUUGGACUGUAUCUGUAGGUUUCCCUCUCUGUGUCAAUUAACUUGGGUCAAAUAAGUGCUGUUUACUUUCUGUAACACAUGGGAGGUGGAUCUCCCUCGGGAGGUUCUGGACUCUCCUUUCUUGGAGGUUUCUAAGCAAAGGUGGGAUGGCCAUCUGUCAUGGAUGCUUUAGCGGAGUUUCAUUGCAGGGGGUUGCACUAGAAAGAACCCUUGGGGUCUCUUCCAGCUCCACGAUUUCAUGUUUUUUCUGCUUCAACAAUAUUUCAUUAUGUUCCUAUCAUUUUAUGUAAUUAUAUAUUGUAUAAAUUAUAAAAAUUAUAAAGAAGCAUGUUCUAUAUACAAAUAAAACAUUUAAAUAGCUACCGUUCUACCAGUAGGAUGGGGGGUAUGGGUGUAGCCAGGACUUUUGUUAGGGGGGCAGGCUUUUGUUAGGAGGGGGGCAGAACCUCAGGUUUGUAUUGAUUAUUACCGUAUUUUUCUGUGUAUAAGACAAACUUUUUUGACCCAAAAAUGAGGUUCAAAAUUGAGGCUUGUCUUAUACACGGGUAGUGCUAUUGGGGGCUGUGCGGCCACGCGCUCUGCCCCAACGGGCUGCUGCAGGUAGCCGCUUCCCUGGAGAUGGCACAACUGCUGGAGACCUGCAGCAGCCCGUCGGGGCAGAGCGCGUGGCCGCUCUAGCUGGAGCAUAGCCGCAGAGGGGCUGCACCGGCUUCCCACAGCCGGCCCGGAGAGAGAGCGCAAAGCAGCCAGCCACCGCCUUCCCAGGCACUCUCCUCCUUAAAGGGACAGUGCCCCGCCUGUCCUGGGCAGGGCAAAGGAGCCUGCUUACAGCCGCUGUACCGUUCAGGCUUGUGCCUUCCUUCCAAACUUUUGCCUCUGCAGGGAGCACUUGCAAAUCGCCGAGGGUCUCUGUCAGUGGACGCAGAGAACCAGUCAAUGAAUCUCUCCCCAACACAACCUUUUGGUUCCCCAUGUCGUAGAAACCACCUAUCAUAUCCCCGCCCGAUCUCCGCCAGCGUGAUUCAUGGCGGCGAUCAGGCAGCUGCAGCGCGAGCGGAUGUGUGAUAUGUUCUGUCGGGUGAGUGAUUUUCAGGAUUGCCCCCCACCCCCCAAAAAAAUUGAUCGGCCAAUGCCAAAAAUCGCUUACCCGCCAGAAUGAAGCGCGGGCCUGAGUUUUUAAGUGGCAAAUGGCCGCUUGAUGGGGGGGAGGGAAUGCCGAAAAUUGCUCACUUGAGCCCAAGAUUGUCAGGGGCGGGAGCGGUUGUGUGCUGCGUUCUGGUGGGUGAGUGAUUUUCGGCAUUCCCCUCCCCCAAUAAUCCUCCCCAAAAGCUUAAUCCCCCUAUUUUCUAAAUUUUGAGGCCUCCAAAAUAGUCUUAUGGAAAAAUACUGCACUUAUUGGUGGCAUCUGUCCCCCGCCCCCCUUGGCUACAUCCAUGGGAGACUACAGGAAGGAAAGAAGGUUGGGAGCUCCUAGAGAGCGUUCUCUGACACCACUGGACUCUUCAGAACCCGAAUCUUUUUAAAUCUCAAAAAAUAAAAGUAAAAUCUUUGAGAGAAGAAUCCAGGUGGAUACUUCCGUUGUUUUCUUUGGCCUUCCUAUUUAGACUCUUGAGGUAGGAACACUUCUUUGUGAGAUUGUUUGCCUUUCUAAUUAAAAGCUAAAGGUCGCAUUUAAACUGCCAGAGAAAGAACCGUUAAACAAAUGCUCAGUGUGCUUUACAAGUUGAAUCUUUACAGGUUUACUCAGAAGUACCGUUGAAUGCUUGGCUGCUUGCUUCCAGUUAAGUAUGCGUAGGAAUCGGUAUGUGAUGGGGCAGUUGAUAUGGCAGUGUUUCAUAAUUAGAAUACAAAAGAACUCUUCUAUCCAUCUGCCUUUUACCCUCUAACUUAUUGUUGAAAUAACUUGUUAUAGUAUUAUUAGGUUGAAUUUACAUGCAUUGUUCGUUUGUUAAGUGCUAAAUCUUCUCAGGUUUUGGAUUUUCUCUCUAGGUGACAUUUCCUUAGUGGCAUAUGAUUGUGAUUGGCUCAGAUCAUUUGUUAUGGAAAUGGUUAAGCAAUCCAUAAUUGUGAGGGUCUUAAAUGAAGGAGCUUAAUGCCUAAAAUCUGGUUUUCAUUAUCUCUUCUGUGUUCUCGUAAUAAAAUUUAUUGGAAGAAUAAAAUUGAAGAAUUAAACAAACGUACAUAAAACCCAAAUUCAGCAUCAGUGUUGAUGAAUUCGUAUGGUAUUGUUGUGGAACUAGACUUCAUAGCGGCUUACUAGAAGCUUCUGCUUAGUUACCAGGCCCAGCCAUAAUUUGUAGACCCUUGACAUAUAGGGUGUAGAUCUAGGUUCAAUGUAGCUUUUAUAAUCAGACUGCAAAUCUACUACUUCCUUAAAUUUUAAAUAUGCCCACAAAACUCCAUAGAAGAGCAAUAUAUUCCCCAGAAAUCUUUAAUGGUUUAGUUGAAGCAGAGGCGCUGAUUUCCGCACAGCAUUGGGGUGGCUCAUCACAUGUGCAUGACAUCACACAUGCAACACGCUUGUUGGGAGGAGGUUGCGAGGCCCAGGGAAGGCUUCUGCCACCAUGGGUAAACCCAAUGUGGCCCUCCACUGCCAUGGGGAGACGAAAGGGGGCCCUCUGCAGCCACAGGGAAGGAUGCCCUCAGACAUUAUGACAUAUUGAAAUAUCAUUAUGUUGGUGGUGGUGAUAUAUUGCAAACCAGAUAUCACCCAGCCCUACGUACAUGUAUAAAUGCAUCUUCCUGGAGUAAAAUAUAACAGAAUAAACAAGACUUCAAAUCAAGUGGUUUCAGCUUGUCUGAACCAGCAUUGACUGGCUUUGCUUUGUAUGGACAAGCUGUGGCUUGUUGUACAGGGUUCAGUGGUGAGUUGAGACUCAGCCUUACCUCAGCUCUUGUGUUGAUCAGUUUGUAUUGUUGUGCUCCAGUUUAGUGUUAGAAACUGAGAUAUGAAGGUUGGGAGCUAGAUGGCACCUUAAACCUAGGUUAUGGGUGCAACAACGGAAUGUCUAGGCAUGCUUUUUUAAUAACAAGAAUACAAAGCUGAAAAUGAAUGAACCGCAGCUAAAAUAUUACAUUCAAUUUUCACAUGGUCUAGUCCUUCCCCUGCCCACCCCUCUAAUAUUCUUAAAAGGGUCUCUUCUCCAGUCUUCAGAAAGUAGCUGGAAGUGGGGAGGCAGAAAAAGGUCCUUCUUUCCUUCCACUCUGCAAUUUUAAUCUGAAAUCUUAGGCGCUCAGAAACUGCUUGUGCUGAUGAAAUUCCCUGUUGCAAAAUGAGCCUAGAAUAAUGGGAGUUUCGAACACUUCUCCAGUUAUUUUAUUGUCAUAUUGAUGAGAAUACACAAGUUAACUAUUUUACUAACUUUUUGGUGAAUCUGACAUGUACAAAUAUAUUUCCACUUACGACUGAAAAGGGAAAAAGGGGCAUGUAAAAUGUGAUAUAUUGCUGUAAUCUUUUUAGUAAAAUUGGUCACUAGCAUCAUCAUUUCUUGACCCAUCUAGUUGGGAUACACUUAAGGUAGGGUGAGCACUAGUUCUAACAAGGACUGAACCAAGGCCUGCAACUGGCCAAACUUGCAUAUCGGCAAAUAUUAUAUUUUUAGGGCGGUUCACAAAAAUGAAACGUCAUGUGCAACAGUGUUUUCAGGCUUGUUUAAUGUGUAAGUUUAUUUUUUUCAGAAUUUUGUUUGAUACAGAUUUUGUUGUAAUAAUCAUGAAAUGAAGUACUAACAAGAAUUCUUUCAAAGCAUUAAUUCUAUCUUGCAACAGCAAGUUACCACUCUGCUUUGGAACACUUAUUAAAAAGAAAGCCUGACUAGCUUUUCAGAUACUGUUUAAUUGAAUAACUUUUUGAAGAAAUGCCUGAAAGUAACUGAUAUUAUUCUUUGAAGUCUUGUUUAUUCUGUUAUACUUUACUCCAAGAAGACUCAUUUAUCCUAAAUAGAACCCAAUAAGCCCAACAUGUAUGCACAAAAUAUGUUUUUUAAUGUGAUCCCAUUGAGAUACUAGGAUGAAAUUUUGCUGGAAGCUCUUAGAAAUAUGAAAUAAUUACUACAAUUUGGGGUGAAUUUUUAAAUCAUUUUUUAAUUGCUUAAAAAAAUAAAUUAUGUAACUUAACUUUCAAAUUUAAAAUAAGUACAUCAUGUAUCAUAUCAUAUUAAAGCCCAUGAAGUUCUGAAGAGAUUGUUGUUGUUGUUGUUGUUGUUGUUGUUUAGUUUUGAAAUAUCUCGAUUCUGGGCUGAGGUUUUAAGGUUGUCAAUUUUUUGAAAUUUCAAACCCUCAUAACUCAGAAACAGGAUGAGAUAAGAAUAUUUUUUUUAGAUUUAAGCUUAGUUCUGAUCAUUCCACAAGUGUACAAAAUUUUAAGAAAAUUGGACAUGAGGUAAAAGAUUCAUUAAAAAUUGGACCAAUUUAUAUGGAAUGACCCAAAGGUUUUCCACAAUGUAUGUUACGAGUAUUGAUAAUAUCAGAGUAAAUUAAAUAUAUUUUUCAUUAUCACAAAUGUAAAUGAUAUUUGGAAAUGUAUUUGGAAGGAAAAUCACAUGAAUUAUGUGUGUGACUCUUAAUAAUCUAAAGAAAAGUAAGUGAAAUAGCCAUCCGUUAUGUUGGAAGUAUACAUUGCACAUUGGUACACUUAACUUCCUUUAUGAUGCAGUUAGCAAAUGAGUCUUGAAGAAAAUAUGGGAUAGGGAAUCCAACUAAUAUUCUUCUAUUUUUCUUGCCUGAAGCUAGAAUUCAGCCUAAGGUGUUAAUUCCAUACAGUGGCCAUCCAGUGGCCGUGGCACCAUGGGGUGCCUUGAAUGAUGGUCAGGGGUGCCAUGAGCAGCACUGGCCUCUGUCCCUCUUUCCUCCCCCCUUCCUCUGAUGUCCUCUCGCAUUUCUGCUGGCUCUGCAGGCAAGGGGUGACCUAACGGGGCCCUGAGCCCCCCAGGGGUGCCGCAGAAAGAAUGUAGUUGGUCAAGGGAGCCGUGGACCCAAAAAUGUUGAAAACCUCUGCCAUACAUGAUUGUGUGAAACAUAUAUUUAAUGCUGGAAACAAAAUAAAACUAAAUUAGAAGCAAAUGGUCUAGCAAGUUAUAGAACUAUGCCUCCUUAAUGUUAACAAUGCUCAUUUGAAUCACUGAAAGAAAGUUGCUGUGCUUCACCAAAAUCAGGUUGCUUCAUAUAUUAGCAUUUUGUUUUAUAACAGAACUUAAAUAUAGGUAUUAAUGUUGAUAUUUUCUCAGUUUUUCUGUACGUUUUUAAUUAGCAUUUAAUAAUAAUAAAAAAGCUAUAGUAGAGUGCUGUUUGCUACGACUGUUGUGUGGAAAUAAAAUUACUGUAUUUUGAGUCAGUUGUGUGUUUGUUUUUAGGAAUUGAAUGAUCUGGCACGUGAUCCUCCAGCACAGUGUUCAGCAGGGCCUGUUGGAGAUGAUAGUAAGUACCUAUAAUUGAGAAAAAAAGCCUUCAAAAGAGCACUUCCUCAGGCAGAGAGGAAAACUGACCUGCACAUAUACAAUUGAGGUUAUGUUUUUAAAAUCUUUAAACAGGCAUAGGCAAUUUAGAAUGAGAAUUACAUAAUCUUAAUCUUCUUUUAGGAUAUACAAUUAAACAGUGACUAAAUUGGUUAAACAAAUUUCACACUGGAGACUACCUGCCCAAACUUCUCCAAAGGCAACAUGCCCUUUAUUUCAACUUAAAAUAAAUUGGUGAUGGUCUCACUCUUUUUAAAAGUAGCUUUUGUUUACUUGACCAUAUGAUAGAAUCUUUAAUUUUUUUCUUGAACAAAUUUUUGUUGUUAAUUUCUUUAUAACUUUUUGUUGAAUUAUUUAUGCAUUCAGUAAACUAAGCUUUUAAAUUUACUUGUAAGGCUGUCUCUCCAGUAAAUUACUUAAUGGAAAAUAAAUGUGUGUUAAAUGAAGCAUUUAGUGACUAAUUUGAACAAACUUUGAUACGUCUAUUACAAGAAGUAAGUUGUGUGUUGUGGUAAAGAGGCACCUCUUGCACCUUUCUAAGUAGUUAUCUGUAUUAAAAUACUUAAUACGGAAAAUGCCUUUCUUCCAAAUAGAUUGGUGUGACACAUGAAGGGGUGAAUAGAACACACAUCUACUUCCACUGAACAAUUAACUUCAUUUGAGGCCUUGACUGUUGUUGGAGGAGUCAUUCUGUACAUGGCAUGUUUUGUUGGGUUUCCUGCAUGUUGCCCAUGCCCUGAUUAUGUCACGACAUUUGACGAAGUUGAGCGUGUAAGCCAGACAGUAAGCUUGAAAUACUGACUCCCUAGUUGAGCUAAGAGUGAAAUAUUGGUGACAGGGAUCUACUUUUGCUGCACCAUAUUCAAGGCAUUCUAUUUGCACUGAUCGCUGCAAGUAAGUCAUAUCUCGUUUUCCUUCCUCUUCCAGUGUUCCAUUGGCAAGCGACAAUAAUGGGACCAGUAAGUAUCUUUCAAACCUGAAAUAGCAUUUAUAAACUUAACUUUAAACUUUCUUCUAAUAGUUUUUCUUUUCUUUUCAGAAUGACAGUCCUUAUCAGGGUGGGGUGUUCUUCUUGACGAUUCACUUCCCAACAGAUUAUCCCUUCAAACCACCUAAGGUGGGUUUCUUGUUUACAUCCUAACAGUGCUGGUGUAGUAUCUGUUUUUGUAAAUAAAAGCUAUAUGAAAGAAUGUCCUUAUCUUACAGGUUGCAUUUACAACAAGAAUUUACCAUCCAAAUAUCAACAGUAAUGGCAGUAUUUGUCUUGAUAUUCUACGGUCACAGUGGUCUCCCGCAUUAACUAUUUCAAAAGGUAAGCAUCGUGGCUCUGAGCCUAAAUGAAUGGUAAGUGAUUUCUAAUGUUAAUGUAAAAGGUAUUGCAUAUUUCCCAAGGUGAUGCAUCUCUUUAAAUGGCACACACCCUUACUGCCCAGUUUCUUGAUUAUACCUAAUUAAGUAUUUAAGGCUAUGUAUGGUGCAUUUUACAAAAGCUUCCUCCUCUGCCCAGCUAGGUUACUUAAUUUGAGCUGGCUAGUCUGCCAAUAUUUAACAGUUAGGAGGACCCUUUUUCAAGCAUGUACUAUGGUUGAGAGGGCGAAGUAGCAUCUUGACAUGUGUGCAACAUUUGCCAGAAGAUGCCUGUAUCACAGAUGAAGGAGAUACUUGCUGCUUUCUAAGCAUAACAAAGGUCAGUGUGGAGUACUGAAGGGAUACAUAAAAUAAGGGACAAAACAGUGUCUGCAAACUAGCAGUCAAGCAAAAGAUAUGACAACCAGAGGUGACGGUUUCUGGAAAAUUUUGAAUCUGAAAAUUUUCUGAUGCCCCAGGUAGAUUGGGAUCUGAUUCGGCUUGUUUGAUUUGUAUUUAGUAAGCACAACACACACACACGUGUGUGAAAAUAGGUAUUGUGUGGUGGUCAUUAGCCUAAAUGGUUCUAAAAGAGGUUAUUAUGUGAAUCCAUAGUGUAGCUUCCUUACUAGCUAGUUACCAAAACUUAUCUCCAUUUUGGUUUGUGUGUGUGUGUGUGUGUGUGUGUGUGUGUUUGUUUGUUUGUAAUUAAGUGGUAUAUAAAUUGUUGAAAUGAAAUAAAUAAACAAUCAUCUAUAAGCAGCAUACAGAAACUCAAUACGGUUUUUGUGGUUUAGCACUGUUGCACAUAAGCUGAGGUAGAACAGAUAAUUGUUAUGUGAGCCUCCUUGGGAGAGUAUUCUACAACUUGAGGGCUAUUAUUGAAAACAUGAAACUAGCUGCAUAGUCAGAAUAUGCUUUUAGGUACAUUGAGUAAUGCAUUGAGUAAUGAGAGGGACAUUGAGCAUGCCCAGGCAGCUUUCCCCUUUUACCAUGGCUGCUACAUGCAUCUGAUACCUGGAGCCUAUGCCCCCCCACCCCUUUUGCUUGAUGAGCCUGUGCACAAAAACUCCCAAUUAUCUUGCGGAUACACCGCUGCCGUAAAUAGCCCACCAAAUUGCCGCAGCCAGUCGUCAGCAGGCCUUGCCGCAGCAACCAAUCACACGCCCAAUCACCACUGCCAAUCUCCUGCUGCCUGGGCUUACCAUAUAUUCCACUGAGUGUGUUUGCAGCCUUUGUAGGCAUGUGCUAGGCUUGGAGCACUUCAGCUGAGUGGUGAGAUACAAGUAUGUCUUUAAAUCUGCCAUUGAAAUCAUUUUAAAUUAGAUGGAGUUAAAUUUGAAAUUCAAUUCAGAUUUCAUCCAAACUAAUUUUCCCCCUCCCCAAAGGCUAUCUGCUCUGCUAGCCUCCCCUUAGAGCAUGGUGCUGAUAACACCAAGGUUGUAGGGUCGAUCCCCAGAAGGGACAGCUGCAUAUUCCUGCAUUGCAGGAGAUUGGACUAGACCAGGCUUCCUCCACCUCAGCCCUCCAGUUGUUUUGAGAUUACAAUUCCCAGCAUCCCUGACCACUGGUGCUGCUAGCUAGGGAUCAUGGGAGUUGUAGGCCAAAAACAUCUGGAGGGACAAGGUUGAGGAAGCCUGGACUAGAUGAUCCUAUAAAGUAAAGGUAAAGGUACCCCUGCCCGUACGGGCCAGUCGUGACCGACUCUGGGGUUGCGCGCCCAUCUCGCUUAAGAGGCCGGGGGCCAGCGCUGUCCCGAGACACUUCCGGGUCACGUGGCCAGCGUGACAAAGCUGCUCUGGCGAGCCUGCACCAGCGCAGUACACGGAAACGCCGUUUACCUUCCCGCUAUAAAGCGGUACCUAUUUAUCUACUUGCACUUAAGGGUGCUUUCGAACUGCUAGGUGGGCAGGAGCUGGGACCAAACGACGGGAGCUCACCCCGCCGCGGGGAUUCGAACCGCCGACCAUGCGAUCGGCAAGUCCUAGGCACUGAGGUUUUACCCACAGCGCCACCCACGUCACAUUGCAGAUGAUCCUAUGGGUCCCUCCUAAUUCUGAUCUAUGAUUCUGUUUGAUAAUCUGGUUCCCACUUCAUGUAAGCAGCCCCUGACCUCAUUUUGACCCAGUUUUGUCAGUCUCAUUUUACAUGUAAACUAAUUGAAUAAGUGACACAUGAUGUGUUCUGUUCAGCGCCUAACACUUGGUGUUAAGUAUCUAGAUCUUUGCAAGAUGCUAGUUAAAAAGUAUUUGGAAGGGGGUGAGGCAACAGCAGGUAUGUUGCAUAGUGGUGGCAAGGAAGAUAGCCCUGUCAGUCAGAAUUUUAAGUCCCUUUGUGAUUAAUUAUUUCAUUUUAACUAGUGGUACAUGUGUGCUGUCACUCCAUCCCCAGUAACUGUUCUGUACAGGCAGAGUGUUGUUUUAAGAGGGAUCUGCCAAACCACACACACUGGCCACACACAGAGUUUAAAAGGUCAAAGAUUGUUUAAUUAGCUAAAGGCUUGGAAGAAGAAGAAUGUUUUUGCUUGGGACCUAAAGAUACGCAGUGUGGGUGUCUAGGGAGAGUGUUCCCCAAAUGGGGAGCCUCUGCAGAAAAGGCCUGUUCUUGUGUUGCCAUCUUCUAGACCUCCUGUGGAGGAGACACAUGAAGAAGGGCCUCAGAGGAUGAUCACAGGCUAUGGGUUGGUUCGUAUGGGGAGAGGUGCUGUCCUGAGCUGUUUAUGGCUUUAUAGGUCAAAGCCAGCACUUUGAAUUGGGCCAGGAAACUAAUUGUCAGCCCGUGUGGUCAAGCCAGGAUCGGUGUAAUAUGUUCAAAGCAUCUUGCCCCGGUGCGCAGCCUGGCUGCUGAAUUCCUGCACAAGCUGAAGUUUCCAAACUGUCUUCAGAGGCAGCCCCACAGUGCAGUAAUCUAACCUAGAGGUUGCUGAAGCAUAGAUGACAGAAGCGUGGCUUUCCCUGUCGAGAUAGCUGGGCCACCAGCCACAGCUGAUGGAAAGCACAAAGCACCUCCGAGGCCGCCUGAGUCUGAAGCGGCAGCCAAGGAUCUAAAAGCUCCCCCAAGCUGUGUACCUGCUCCUUCAGAUGGCAUGUAGCCCCAUCAAGAGCAGGCAACCUCCCAUCCAUCUGGUCUACAGAACCCCAACCACUAAGAGUGUCUCAUUCUGCAUUCCACUUCUUGAGGAGUGAUUUUUCCACUGCCUCUUUCAAGCAGGCAGGGAGCACCCUGAUCUUGCAGGGAGGCAUUAAUCACACCCCUGGUCCAGCCAGCCAGCCUUCCUCUCCCUGCUGGUUUUUAUCAGCUAAGAGGGGCAAGGGUCCAAACUGUGAGCAGUCACCCUGAUUGAUCCAAGCACUUUUUCCACAUUCUUGAGCUGAAACUUGCCAAGCUAGUGAUGUGAGAUGGGGAAACUAUCCAUAGAAGAAGCUUUCCACUUCCCAAAAAAUAUUGUUCCAUUAAAAAAAAAAAAAGAACCAACACCAACCCAACUGAGCAAAGCUGUUUUUUAACCCCCCUCCCCUUGCCCCUUGUUUUUUUUUUAAACAAACGCUCUGUUCAAAUCAAAUAUUUCUGAUUGCUGGGGGACGGACGGACUUCAAAUUAUGAUCAGUUCAGGGCCGCCUUCUCUACCUGGUAGUUUUGAACUGUGCCCCAGGCAGCAAAGCUAGAGCUGAUGGGAACAGCUGGAAAUGCUUGUGGCAGUUAAUACAGUUAUCCAAUAUUACAGCAAAUUGUUGUGUUUGAAGCCUUUUUGGUUUCGUUGCCACAUAAGAUGUUGAGUGUUAUUCCUUGGCUAUAGUUUUUCCCAUUGCAGUAAGUAGCUUUCAGUGUAUAUGAAUUCUGUACAAGUGAGUGCUGUUCCAUGAUGGACCUUGUUUUAUCAGCCAUAAAUAGUACCAGAAGUGUCAAGUAAGUGUCAACCUCGUAGAGGAAGUAUCAAUGUAUUUGAAAGAAAAUCCCAGGAAAUCUGGGAUUUUUAGCUUUAUACACAAACUAUGAAACAUCUAAACGAGCAGGGACCAUCAUGUUUCUAGUUUUUGUUAUUCUUUAUGUAUUUUUAGUAUAGAGAAGUCUUUGUUUUCCUUAAAAAUAAAAAAGUCCUUUAGGAUUGCAGGUGAGGUAGGAAGGAACAUACAUCCCCAGUGCCUUAAAUUGGACUCUUGUGCCAAUUCUGUUCUCAUGCUUCCCAAGCUCCAGUAUUUAAAUUCCAACUGGCGAUGUGGCUGCUGUUUCCCUACAUUAGUCAGGAAAGGCAUAGUUUCUAAUUCUGCAACCAGCCCCAAUGUGUAGAGUAGGGAAGAUGUGUCAGAUGGGAAGGUGCUUGAACCCGUGUUUUUAAGCCAUGUGGAAGGAGAGCAGUUUCAACCUCAGUGCUAGAUUAUAAAAUUACAGAAAGAGGGAUGGAGGCUAAAUGAAGAAUAGAAUGAACUUGCUUCUUAUCUGUAUUCAGCUGUACUGAAAAAUUCUAAUGUAGUGUGUUCUUCCCUCCAGUACUUUUGUCCAUCUGUUCUCUGUUGUGUGAUCCCAAUCCAGAUGAUCCCUUAGUGCCUGAGAUUGCACGGAUCUACAAAACAGAUAGAGAAAAGUGAGUAUGGAAGGUUUUUUUAAAGCUGAAAACCUGAGAAUGGACAAACAGUUUGAAGACUUUGUUAACUAACUCUUUGACUAACUCUGUGCCAUUGGCACUAUUCUUUCUUUUUACAGGGUGUCAUCUGCUUCUGUCAGCUGCCUUGUAUUUUUAUUUCCAGCUUUAAAGUAUUUGAUCUCAGUCAGUAAUUAGGGUUAUUUUUUCAGUUGGGCUGGUUAAUCCAAUAAAAUUUCAGUUAGCGUCCUCUGCACCUUUAUACUUGACUGUUUUGCAGUUGCCUCUCUUCGUCCUUACAGUUUCGGCUUUUAGGCUACAGAGGGAGAAACAACUUAAACUUCUGCCACAAGACAACCUGAUUCUGGUGGUGGUAGGUGAAAAAGAAAGACAUGAGUGGCUUCAUGAGUAGCUGCAGGGAUAAUAAUGGACAGAUAUUGCUAAUUGUAGUGAAAAAUUCUUGAGGUUCAAUUGAUUCGUUUUCAUUAUAUAUUUUUCCAGUCAAUUACUACUAUGAAUAGUUCAGCUUGAGGCAAUUCUAUUACAACAUUGAACUAAAACUUCCUUUAACAGUGUAAAAAGCAUUUAGUGAAGCUUGAGCACAAUGAAAGUGCACACUCUGAAAUGCAGCAUCUUUCAACACCCGACAUCAAGAUAAUUGUAAAAGUGACAAGUCAGGACUAAAAACAAGAACCUGGAAUUGGUUCUUAACAUUUGAGCAUCUAAAAGUGCAAACUUGAAUAACAGGUGAUUGCUGCGUAAAAUGUUUCUUAAAUUCUUCCAGUUAUAGUUGCUGAUAUUAAACUGAAAAUCUACUGAUUUGUUCAGAUGGCAAGAGCAAGUGGAAACAAACAUUCAAAAUUUAGAAGAUAUUACAAGACUGUUGCCCAUGUUGUUGUUUUAAUGGUUUUCAGGCACCAUCAAUGGACUGCAAGGCUUUCUGAAGUUUUUCUUGAAUAUUUUGUACCGCUUAAGAACUCAAACAUUUCAAAUGCCUUUUAAACUCUGUGUGGUAUGUGCAUGUGGUUACUGUUUUUGUUUGUUACUAUGUAUGGUAUGUCUUUUUACAUUGUAAACUAUCCUUUGAUCCUCAGGUAAAGGGCAGUAUAGAAUUAUUAUUAUUAUUAUUAUUGCUAUUAGUAUUAUUAUUACCAUUAUUAGUAUUUUUAUCAUUAUUAUUAUUAACUGCAUUCUGAUUGCAAUGUUAUGGAGACUUUUUAAAGUUACUUUGCCUAGUGCUUUAGCUUGAUUGGGUGCUAGAAAUAACUUGUGGUUCAUACGGUCUUAGCAAAGGGCGUCUACUGCUUGGUGCAGUUUGCACUUCAGUAACCACCCUCUUUUUAUACACACAGGUACAACAGAAUAGCUCGAGAAUGGACUCAGAAGUAUGCGAUGUAAUUAAAGAAAUUAUUGGAUAACCUCUACAAAUAAAGAUAGGGGAACUCUGAAAGAGAAAGUCCUUUUGAUUUCCAUUUGACUGCUUUCUAUGAGCCCACGCCUCAUCUUCCCCUGUGCACAUGUUUACCUGAUACAGCAGUGCUGCGUGUUGUACAUACUUGGAACAAUGAAAUACUGUAUUCCAUACCAACAUUGACUCCUAGCAAAGAAAUGUGUGUGAAAAGCCAGUUCUUCAAAGUCUAGUUGUGAGCAUAAAAGCAUUCCUAAAAUAUUUAAAUUGGGCAUAAACCAAAGGGAGGGGGAGGGGGCAGAGAGUAAAAGGCUUUCAGUGAUUGAAAAGGAGAAUUUUGUUUAAGUGGAAUCCUUUUAAACUCAUAACAGUUAUGAAAAACGUAUGUGAAGAACUUGAAGCUGUUUCUGUAUUUUUAUUCUGAAGGAUCUACUUAGGUAAAUGUAUGACCAACAAGAUCAAACUGUACCCACAUCCUGUGUUUAAAGGUCUAAGUUUAACUGGUCAGCAUUUAAAUGCAUUGGAGCUAUUAGUGCAUCAAGUGACGUUGAUUUUGUUUCAGCUCCUCUCCCCCCUUCCCUUCAUAAUUUUGGUUUGUAUGUGUUUUCUCAGUUAACAUAGCUAAUAGCUCUUAUUUUCUUAAGUUUUUAACUGCUUAGGUCUUUCUGGAUGUAAGGGUAAAAAUUCAUUUGACAGACUUGUGUAUAUUUAAAGACCCAAAUGCUCCUUUGGAGCUUGUACGUUCAAGAAUGAUUAAUCUGUGUAAUAAACUGAUUACUACAGUCAUUACAUAUAACUGUGUGAAUAGGCUUAAUUUUUUUAUGGGCUAAGAUUUAAAGUCUAUAGUUCUUGUUUUUUAGGAAGUUGCAUUUGAGAAUAAUCAGUCUUUAAGCUUCAUCGCAGAAUAAACAAGUCAGUGAGACAAACUUCAAGUAGGGUGUGAAAACACCAACGUCCAUGAUAAACUGGAAUCUGGAAAUCUGAAUGCCUGUAUGUCAGAUCUUGACUGUUAAGCCAGAAAAGCAACUUGCUGAUUGAAGAACAUUUCAGAAAGUUCUGUUUAACAUGGGACUAAACCUGUGCCUGUGUGCCAUAGCGAAGGGAUUCCUUGUGUAAUUUUUAAGAAUGGGUGUAAAAGGGCAAGGUGGGAUUUUUUUUACAGAGGCAUCAGCACAGACUAACACAAAAUAUAGCUUUUAAAGACUGUUGCACUAAAUCACUUGGAAAUGUUCACUGUACAUGAAAUAUCUUUGGAUGGCAUUCAUUUGAAAAAUAGUAAAAAUGUAGUUUAAAGUUUACUUGUUAAGCGAGUGUCUCUCUCUCUCUCUCCCCCCCCCCCCCCAACCUUAAAUGUGAAUAAGUAUAAUCUGCAGUGGAG